AUGAUGCUCGCCACUACAUAUGGGAUGAACCUUAUCUUUGGAAGCAUUGUACUGUUCAAAUCAUUCAAAGGUGUGUACCUGAAUCUGAAUUUCGUUCCAUCCUUGCUUUUUGUCAUGCUUAUGCUUGUGGUGGACACUUUGGACCUAAGAGGACAGGUCGUAAGAUAUUUGACAGUGGUUUCUAUUGGCCCACAAUUUUCAAGGAUUCUUAUGCUUAUUGCAAGUGUAGCUCAUAAGGUGAUAGUUACUUAUCAUCCACAAGCCAACGGGCAAGCGGAGGUUUCUAAUCAUGAAGUCAAAUUGAUUCUUGAGAAAACUGUAAAUCCAAACCGGAAAGAUUGGAGUACAAGGCUUGAUGAUGCCUUGUGGGCAUAUCGUACGACAUAUAAAACACCUAUCGGUAUGUCACCUUAUCGGUUGGUGUAUGGGAAGCCUUGCCAUCUACCGGUGGAGCUAGAGCAUAAGGCGUGGUGGGCUGUAAAGAAGUGUAACAUGGACAUGGUGGCUGUAGGACAACAAAGAAUGCUUCAAUUGCAUGAGCUAGAAGAAAUACGCAAUGAAACAUAUGAGAGUUUGAGAAUCUAUAAGGAGAAAACCAAAGCUUUCAUGAUAAACAUAUUCUUCGGAAGAGUUUUGUGGAAGGUUUUUCCUCAUGGAGCGGUAGAAGUUGUAAGUCCAAGUACCGAAAAGUCAUUCAAGGUGAAUGGUCAGAGAUUAAAGCCAUAUUAUGAAUCAAUGGAGGAAGAACAAGCUGCGGUGAUUCACCUCAUUGACCCGGUAUAUGUUGAUGAAUGA